GUGUUGGUUCGGUUCGCGAAAUCCUCUGGAAUGCAGCUCUUGUGGUGGCAAAUAGUUUCCCUGCUCCUAGUACUCCAAUCCGUGGUGGAGUCUAGGGUUCGUGGCAGGCAAUAUGAUGAGGAGAAAGACACUAUUGUCGAGCUGCCCACUUUGGGCAGCAUCCAGGGAAAGAUUCUCGAAACUGCCUGGACGAAACGCGAAGUGUUACAGUUUGUGGAUGUCAGAUAUGCGGAACCUCCGACAGGACUGCAUCGGUUUAAGGCGCCUCGACCGAUUGAACCGUGGGAGGAUGUGAUGGAUGCCACUGCGGAAAAGAUUGGCUGCCCGUCGGUGGUGUCGAUGGACUCGCUCCGCAGGUUGGAUGACGUCUUAGACGUGGAGGACUGUCUGACAAUGACCAUAACCACUCCGAAUGUCACCUCACGACUGCCCGUUCUCGUUUACAUUCACGGCGAGUAUUUGUACGAGGGCAGCAACUCCGAGGCUCCGCCGGACUAUCUGCUCGAGAAGGAUGUGGUGCUGGUCACACCCCAGUACCGCCUUGGACCCUUCGGCUUUCUUUCUACGAAGACAGAUGAGAUUCCUGGCAACGCUGGCUUCCUCGAUAUUUUCCUGGCUUUGCAGUUCGUAAAGCACUUUAUCAAAUACUUCGGCGGUGACCCUUCGCGGGUCACAGUAGCUGGACAAGUGGGUGGAGCUGCUAUUGCCCACCUGCUCACGCUCUCGCCAGUUGUGCAGCGCGGCCUGUUUCAUCAGGUGAUAUAUCACUCGGGCUCAGCCAUUAUGCCCAUUUUCCUCGAGGAGGAUCCGCGAAAGCACGCUCAGGAAAUCGCUAAGAAGGCCGACUGUAAAAUGGUGACGGUACGAGAUUUGAACACCUGCCUAAUGGAGCUGACGGCCUUGGAGUUGCUCACUGCCUUUAUGGAGCACGCGCUGGAAAAAUCUGACCUUGGCAUUGGGCACACCGGCGGCAUACAGUUCACCAUCGGCGGACCCAGUGGUGUUUUGCCCAAGCAUCCGUACGAUCUGAUGCUGGAAACCAACUUUUCCUAUCCUGCAAUGGGCGGUUGUCCCAAAAAUGCCGGAUCCCGAGUGCUCAACGAGAUUGUUGACAAUGACUUUGAGGGAAAGAUACCGGAUGAUGAAUACAAUACGUACAACUACAUCGACCACGUGAUCCGACAAACGGUAGGCACCGACAAGACGAUGCUCCUCACCAGCUUCGUGACCCACGAUUUCUUUAAUCGUAAUUUGAUGGAAAACGGCACGUUCGACACUCUGAUCCCCCGGCUAAUCGAUGUUGCUGGCACUCUGAACCACAAGCUUCCUGUCCUGCUGGCUCUGAAUAUGAACAACAAGCACAAUCCGGACAACACGUUCCUCUACUCGUUCGAUUAUGCGGGCGAGUUUAAUCGUUACAAGGAAAUGGACGAGGAGACCAACUUGCAGAGUCCCUUCAAGGCGGGCGUUUCGCUCACCGACGAGGCCCUCUACCUGUUUCCCUACCCCGAGCACGUGACUCGUCUCAGUCGCCCGGAUCAGUCGAUGGCUCACCGGAUGGUGGAGCUUUGGACAAACUUUGUGAUCAGUGGUAAUCCGUUGGGAUCCGCUCGCGUCGGCUACUGGCCGCCGAUGACCACGCUCUACGGGCCAUACAUGAGGAUCGACGAUACGAUGACAAUUGGGGGUAACUACUUCACGGAGUUCUCCGCCACGUUGAGCGAUGAGGAACAGGGGCACAGUCUGAUCCGCGAAGUAUACUAUUUGCGAAGCCGCAGCCGAAAGCGAGCUCUAAACAAACGUCGAAAACAGCUGGCCAAAUCGAAUGCAAGAAGGUUGCAAAAUCCGAAACUCGGCGGGCGCAAGAGCCUAGUUAAGCGGCCAAACCGCAAUAAGAUACGUUUUUGACCAAUAUUUAAAAAAGAAUUUAUAAAACCAAAAGUUAUGAUGUAAGCGAUAAUUCAAAAAUGUAUUUAUUC